AUGAUGUAUAAGUAGAGUCCGAAGAUCAAUUCAAACGAAUAAAGAAUGAAUCAAAUACAUAGAAAUUAUGUGGCUGCUGAUUACAAUUAAAAUUACUCAAAUAAUUUACUGAAUUCCCAAAUGGCCGAAAAGAUGAUGAUUGCAUACAAGCAUCAAAAGAGCGAAAAAAAACCACUAGUAACAAAGAAAAUCAGGAUGGUUGAUCCUUUCUCUAAUAAAUAUUAGCGUGAUAUAAAUUCAUUUGCUUAUGUCUAUGAAGCAGGUGGAAUCCCUUGCAAGAUUAAUUAUAAUACUCAAGGGAAUAUGAAAAUCUAAUGGAUUCAAGAUGUAAACAUCUAAACCAUACCAUAUGAUCCAGUAUUAGUUACAUGUUUUAAUGGAUUAUUAGAAGAUGUUCAUCCUUAUUUAGCAAUAGCCACAACUGCUAUUUAAUUCAUGCUAUAAAACGAAGCUGCGUAGGAAAAAAUCAUCUACGUUCUUCCAAAAUUAGUGUUACCAUUAAGAAGUGCAUUGAGUUCCAAAAGUGACAAAGUAUUUGGCUCUGCAAUAAAAAUUUUGAUGUAGGCACUUCUGUUAAUUUAGGUCUUUAUCGAAUGUUGUUGGAUCUCAUCUGAAUAAAUAUCUGAAAUUGUUCCUAGUCCCUAUUUGGCAGAGAUAGAAUCAUUCAGUUUUAGGAGAGCAAAUUAGACAAUGUCUUACUGUUUUGGAAAAUAAUGGGGUAUAUUGACUCAUUAAUUAGGGUUCUGA